AUGGCAAUCAUACCUCGCUUCCGCUUCGGUCAGACCGGGGCAAUGAUGGGGUUUCUGCCGGAUAGACACAGAAACAACCUUACUGCGUUCAUCUCUGAACUUUUCGGCACAUUUUUGUUUCUUUUCUUCGCCUUCGCCAUUGCUCAAGUCGCAAAUACUCCGCCGCCAGAUGAACCUACCGCCGCACCCAACAUUCUUACCGUCUUGUUCAUCGCCCUUGGAUUCGGGUGCUCGGUCGCCAUCAACGUCUGGCUAUUCUAUCGAGUUAGCGGAGGAAUGUUCAACCCAGCGGUCACCCUCACCCUUUGCCUGGUUGGGGCCGUACCAACCAGUCGCGGUUGUAUCGUUGUCCUUGCACAGAUAUUAGGUGGAAUCGCAGCGGCCGGGGCUGUCUCUGCCACACUGCCAGGUCCCAUGGCAGUCAAUGUGCGACUGGGGGGCGGCUGUUCCGUCACCCAAGGUCUCUUCAUUGAGAUGUUCACCACGUUGCAACUGGUUCUCACCGUCGUUAUGCUGGCGGCUGUCAAGUCCAAGGCCAGCUUCCUCGCACCAAUUGGGAUCGGGAUUGCUCUCUUCAUCGGACACCUGCUCAGUAUAUAUUACACCGGUGCUGGAAUCAAUCCUGCUCGAGCAUUCGGCCCCGAUGUCGUCAACCACAGUUUUCCCGGGUACCAUUGGAUCUAUUGGGUUGGACCUUUGCUAGGAUCUUUGGUCGCGGCGGCAUUAUACUACAUCCUCGAGGCUUUGGAAUGGCGCACGGCCAACCCAGGCCAGGACUAUGAUGACCUUGAGGUCCAGAUGAUCAAUCCCAAGCAAAAGACGGUCAGGCCAAACGUCGCUCUCGCGCCUCGGCCGGUCACAACACGCAAUGGGCAAAGCUCGUAUGAGAAGGAAACCGCGGCGCCUUUGUCCGACCCCAACACUCCAGAUGCUUAA